AGGAGGUGGAGGAGGAAUCUGGCUUCACACUGGUCUGUGUCAAACUGUGGACUGGUUUGACUUGUCACGGGUCCUUUUUAGUUAAACAAUGUAUGGCAGUCACAGGAAAAAAAGUAGGUAAAAUUGAGGACAGAACCCAGCCGUGAGCAGUGAGGCGUCGCGCCGGAGACACUUUACGCAUGAUGGAGGAGCGGCCGGACGCCACUUUCAGAACCACCGGAUCCGAGUGGCUGCUGCCCGUGUCUGAGUACCUGGGCUUUCCUCUGGACCAGGUGAAUUUUAUGGCCUGUCAGCUGUUUGCCUUGGCCGCUGCCUUCUGGUUUCGUCUCUACCUCAGUCCUCGUCAUGCCAGUCCUCUGUUCAGGCACGCGGUGGCCACUCUCCUUGGCACCGCCUUCCUCAUUUUCUGCUUCGGAUGGUACUCCAUGCACAUCCUUACUGUGGUAUUUGCAAGCUAUGUAAUCAUCAUAAAAGCUGAUAUCAACAAUGUACACAGGUAUUGCAUGGUGAUGGCUAUGGGUUAUCUCACAGUGUGCCAAGUGAACAGAGUCAUUGUCUUUAACUAUGGGAUUCUUUCCACAGACUUCUCUGGGCCUCUGAUGAUAAUCACCCAAAAGAUCACCACAUUGGCUUUCCAACUCCAUGACGGUAUGUGUAAGAAGGCUGACAAACUGACCCCGGAACAGAGACUUCUAGCUAUACAUAAGAGGCCAUCUUUAAUCGAAUACCUGAGUUACAACCUCAACUUCCUGAGCAUCCUGGUGGGACCGUGCAGUAACUAUACAGACUACAUCGACUUCAUAGAGGGCCGACACAUCAGCAGGAGGCUCCGGCACCAUUCUGGGACGUGUAAUGGGCAGAACGGCUACGACAUGACACCGGAACCAUCCCCGCUGAAUGCCGUAUGUCGAAAACUGCUGAUCUGCUGCGGCUGUAUGCUGUUUUUCCUCAUCGUGACCCGGUCCUUGCCGAUAAUUUACAACGUUGACCCCCACUUUGUCGCCAACGCCCCCUUCCUCACCAGGCUUACCUACGCCUUUUUCUCCAUACAAGCAGCCAGACCCAAGUUCUACUUCGCAUGGACGUUAGCUGAUGCCGUCAACAACGCUGCAGGUUAUGGUUUCUUGGGGAUGGAUGAAAAUGGAAAACCAUCCUGGGACCUUAUAUGCAAUCUCAAUAUCCUGGGGAUUGAGACAGCAACUAGUUUUAAGACCUUCAUAGACAACUGGAAUAUUCAAACAGGGAUUUGGCUCAAAACGGUGUGUUACGACCGAGCCCCACGCCACAGGUUACCUUUGACCUUCGUCCUGUCUGCCCUUUGGCACGGCGUCUAUCCUGGAUACUAUUUCACCUUCCUCACUGCUAUCCCCAUCACCAUGGCUGCACGAGCUAUGCGGAAGUCCAUCCGUCACUUCUUCCUGGGCUCCAGAGGUGUGAAGCUGGGAUACGACAUUAUAACAUGGGCUGCCACCCAGCUGGCCAUCUGCUACACAGUCAUGCCCUUUUUACUUCUGGCAGUUGAGCCAACUCUGGUUUAUUACAGGUCUAUGUACUUUCACAUGCACAUCAUCAGCAUUCUGGCUGCAUUCGUCCUGCAUCGGAAACACAAACCCAGGGAACCCUCUGCCACCACCAAAACGUUUUCCUCCAGCGCUCAGUGCCAGCCUCUUCACUCCAACAACAAUGACAAAGUGGAGUGAAACCCACCCUUUACAUUCUUCUUCCACUCUGCUCUCGGUCCACAGUGUUCUCUCAGUGACAAAUGAAUUUCCCCCAACGGGCGUUCAUGCAACUUAAAUUGGGAAGGCAUUGUGUUAUUUAUUUUUUUCCCCGGACAAUACACUGCAAAGAGAAGAGAAAAAUAAGCAGAUUUGAACUUGUGACACUCAAAGGACAUGGGAUUAAGUUAGAAAAAAAAAAGCUCCAAUCAUUCUUCAGGCACGUCUCUGGUGCCGCCCCCUUCCACUUUCCCCUGCAUCUGCCCUCAUUCCCCUUUCCGUGGCCAUCUCAACGCCAGCCUACCCACUCCACGAACAAUGCAACAGUGUGAACAGAGAAUGGAGGCUCGCUUUCCCUCCUGUCCUCCAUGGGCUCCGUCUUACUGAACGGCGGGAUGGAAGCCAGCGCAGUGGGAGAGCGACUCAUAAACAGUUCACCAAUACCAGGACACACAAAUGCGCACACAAACUCCACAUGCCCCAACUAACUUAGACACACUCGUACUCGGUCACACUCGGGUGGCGCACAAAGGCCACCCUUGUGUAGCCACAAUAAAAGACCAGGCCAAGAGGAGAGGGAGGCUGUGUACCCACUGCACCCAUGAUGUUGUAGCUGUGUGAAAGUGUGUGUGUGUGUAAGAAUCAUGUCAUGAAAACCCUGGGCUGUCAUGGCAUCGCCCACUGUGUUUGAUAAAACACCACUUUGGCCACCAGGUGGUACAUGCAGCUCUCACACCGCCCACUGAAACUCCUCUAAAGCAGCAUGAAAGUGUCUCCAGGUGAGCACUGACUGCAGGUAAACACUUAAUUACACUUUCACCGGAUAAACAUGAACGACCUCUAAGGAGAAACAGGAAGGAACUGAGGUGAAGACAUCAUCAUUUAUAAUCAAAGGAAUAGCAUCAGUUCCCCAUCUGUCACUUUUUUAAUAUAUUUAACCUUAUCAUGCACACGGUGCUGGAUACCUGUCAUGAUACUAACCGAACAAAAACCCAGUUUCUCUGCUUGCGAGGCAAACAGUGGAAAAUAUGACAGAAACAUAAAUGCGUCAGAUGUGUUAUUUAGCAGCGGCAGUAGUGGUGCUAUGUUUGUUCGAUUAUUCCACCUAUUUUUUUUUUUUCCAGAGUUGAUUUAACAGAGACAUCUGCUGGUUGGUUGUUCUGUCUGAACUAAGUAAUGAAGGCAAAACCAUGUGGGACCGACUGAACCCGUCACACUGCAGUAUAUCCCCACACAGAGCAGCAGGUGUAUUGACUAAAAUCACUACAAUUCACUCGUCUCUUAUCACUUGAUUUUUACUUUUGCACAAUCACAGUAAAAGUGUGUGUGGGGGGGUGUAAUGAUUACAGGUGAGCUCUUUUUAAGUCAAAUUUAUGCUCUACAAAAAAAAAAAAAAAAAUUUACAAAUCUCUAAUAUAUUACUCAAGAUGUUCGGAGUGAAUGGGAGCUGUUAAAAUGUCACCGUAGCUUGGUUAUUAAUGGUGCUAUUUGCUGCAGGCGAGCUUCAGCUUCAACAUGAAUGAAUUGCUAUAAUGAUCUUCCAUAGCGACGCCUUUCAUUUGCAAAGCAGCAACAUUAUUUGACACUUUAACAGCAGCUUGUGAAAGAAAAUCGGUUACAAAUGUCACAGUUUUUUCUCAAUGCCUUACACAGUCAGUACGUAAAAAAUGAUUAGACCAUCAGAAGUUAUCAAAAACAAUGUUUACACUGCAAAAAUCCAAAUCUUACCAAGUGUAUUUUUCUCAUUUCUUUUCAAAAUA